AUGGAGGACCGACCGACCCGGGUUUCACGAGCGUUGGCGGGUUCUGGAGUGCCUGUCAAGGGCUCCCGCGCAUACCCCGGGGUGAUCAUCACCACCUGCACCUCACAUCUCGGCACAGUGGAACGUGUAACCCGCCUGCUGUUCCAUUCAACUACAUUUGUUCCUGAUUUGCGAAUGAAUGCCGGGCUGGGCCACCUCGAAUGGCGUGAGCCGCAUGCGGGGAGACCCGCACGUACGCUUUACCUUAUUCUGAUCGUUCAGAGGGCGAUCGCGGGGUCACUGAAUGAAGUCCUCCCUUUCUUUCGGAGGACCCGCAGCGAGGCAGAGAUGACUAAGUGA